GAUCGAUGGGGCUCAGGGGCCUGAGACGCAACGAUCAUCAGCAACGGGCUACCACACGACCGGGGAUCUCACCACGGCCUUGCUCGGCUACGUCACCCAGGGCGCCUACGACGCCGGGCAGGCCCUCCAGGACUCCCGGCUGGACGGGCACGAUGCGGAGAUCCUCGCUCUGCAGAACGCCGGCCCCUACGCCAUGGGGGCGGAGCUGACGGCCCUGCAGCUGUCCCUCCAGUCCGCCAUAGACGGGCUUUUGGCCGAAGUCGCAACCCUCGGCGGUGCAACCAAUCUUGUCAACGCCCCCGCCUGGCAGGGCGAGAUCACCUGGGAUCUCUUGGUAGGUACCAACCAGAUCCGCAACUUUCACGCCGUCGCCCCCAUGGGCCUGGCCCUGGUCAACGACAACUGGACCCUGCAGCUCAGCUGCGACGCCUACAGCACCGCCCAAACCGAUGCUCUGCUGCUCCCGAAGGCCAGCGAGUCCUGGGUGCUCGCCCAGCUCGGCGGGUACAGCACGGCGGAGGCCACGGCCAACCUCGUCGCCUUCCUGGCGCAGGCCAACACCUACACGGACGACCAGCUGGUCGGCUACAGCACCACGGCGCAGAUGACCCAGACCGUCGCGGACGCCCUGGUGCCCUACACGACGAUCGUCCAGCGAGAUGCAGCCAUCGCUGCAGCACUCGCGGCCUAUUACACGUCGGCGCAAACGGACAGUGCCAUCGCUGUCCAGGCCGCCAUUACGGCAGCACUGGUGCCGGUGACCCUGGCCAACGGCCAGACCUGGAACGGCGGUCCCACCUUCAAUCUGCUCCGGGGCACAAACGUGCUGAGAAACCUUUCGGUGGCGGGCGCCCUCACCGCCAGCUUCCAAAACUUGGACGUGGAGACGGGAGCUGCCAUCACCGCCGCCAUCGACGCCCUCGACUUGUCCCAGUUCCGGAACGAGGCCCAGGUGCUGGCCCUGAUCGCCGGGGAGCUGGGGCCCUACAGCUACGACAACAACAAUGAGACCGACUCGCUCUUCUACCCCCGCACAGAGCUGGACUCUUUGCUCACGGCCACGCUCACGCAGUACUGGACGUCGGGAAGGACGCAGCCGGAGAUCGACGACGCCCUCGCGGGCUCCGGCUUCCUGGACCAGACGGCGGGAGACGCCCGGUACUUCGUGCGGGCCCCUGGAGCGGAGUCGGGGCAGAUCUUCAACCUGGUGCAGGGGCAAAGCGACGGGCGCUACCCCCUGAUCGCCAACUUCAACACAGUGCAGAGCACGGUCACGUCCAUCGACGGCCGCGUGAGAGGACGGCGCCUGGUGGCGUCCUUCGCCGACGGAGGCAUCAGCCUGGACCGGGACGUCACGGCGGCGGCUGCCAGCACCCUGAACGCCACUACAGCCGAUUUUGCCCAGUUCUUCGUGGGCAGCACGGCGGCCACCGGCGCCUUCAGCUCCAACAGCAGCAUCACCGCCAAUGUGGAGGUCGUGAGCAACCUCCGGCUCGAGGCCCCGCUGGUGCGCUGCGACCCGACCGCGCCCUGGUUGAGCGUCCUCGUCAACGACACCCUCCUGCUCAACGGGGCCAUCGCGCCCGAGCUCAGCCUGCCCUACCUCUUCUGCGAGCUGGCCGUCAUCAACCAGGCGCCCACGCAACUGGCGCGGCUCUUCCUCGCCACGCAGAACAACGCGCCCGCGGGGGGCAAGGGCGAGCUGGUGGCGCUCGCCAACGGCGGGAUGCAGCUCAACGCCCAGAACCAGAUCAUCUCCCUGAACAACACCACAGGAACCGCCAACGUGCUCAUCUACCCGCAGAGCAACCAGAGCCUCCCCGACUGGAUGGUCGCCGGCNNGGCGUCGGACGCACGCGUGAAGACCAACGUCCGAGCCAUCAAGCACCGGGACAUGGUCGAGAUCUUCGACAACCUGGAGCCCAAGAUCUACGACCGCUCGGACAGCGAGCAGAAGGACCAGAUCGGCUUCAUCGCCCAGGAGGGGUUCAUGACGCUGAACUACCAGCGCCUGGCGGUGGUGCUCUGGGGCGUCUGCAAGGACCUGCAGGCGCGCAUGGAGAAGCUCGAACGCGGGCCAUCGGGCUGCUUCCACGUGCGGGAUCCCCGCAAGCUCUUCCAGAUCGCCCGGCGAGAGUUCCCGGACAGACGGGACUUGACGAGUGCGCGGGCCGCGGCGGCGCUGCGCGGCGACGUGGCUCGGCAGAUCCUGGCGCCCAAGCCCCGGAGCCUGGGCAAGUCGGCGGCGGAGGGGCCCAACGACCGACUGCAAGCGGACCUGGUGGAUUUCUCUCAGAACACCAGAGGGCGCAACAAGUACGGGUUGGUGGCCCUGCCCGACAAGCGGGCCGAAACGGUGACGCGGGCGGCUGCGGAGAUCAUCCCCUCGCUAGUCCAGGAGGAGGGCAACUUCGACGUCGUCACCACGGAUCUGGGCAACGAGUUUCGGGGCCUCGAGGAGGCGUUGCCCGGAAGCGCGGUGCACCGGCAGAAGGACCCCUCGGACCGCAACGCAACG